GCGAAGCCAUUUUGUUGCUUGCAGGAAAGCUGCGAGGUUGGAAACUCGGCUCGGAGCGCGUUUCUCCAACACCGAGCUCUGCGGUUAGACUCACGGUAUAUAAAUAUCUCAGUUAUACGGGUUUUGGUGUAGGUUCAGCCAUGUCUGACAGCGCUGCGGCAGUGGACGCGGGCCCCGCUGAGGUGGCUGAAUCCGCGGGGGUUCGCAAACUGUCGGAGCUGCGGGUGAUCGACCUGAAGGCCGAGCUGAAGAAACGAAACCUGGACAUCAGCGGGAAUAAGAGCCUGCUGUCCGAGCGCCUCAAGAAGGCUAUUGAGGAGGAAGGAGGCAAUCCUGAUGAAAUAGUGGUCCAGCUUGAAAUAACUCCCAAAAAAACACCCAGGCGAAAUCCUAAAGGAAAGAGGCAAGAUAAUGAUGAAUCAGAGGACUGCACAAUUGAGGAGGAUUCUGUUGAUGGCCAGGUGGAUGACCCUGAAACGCAUGCAGAGAAUCUACAGGAGAUGGACAUCAUGGACAUGAACAUUCUGGAUGAAGCCGACAUAGAUAACGAGCAUGAAGGUGAUGACUAUGAUGAGAAUGAGCUACUGGGUAUGAUGUCCCACAAUGCAGAAAACAAUGACGUUGCAGAUAGUGGAGCCCUUGAUUCACCUGGGAAGCAUGAGGCAGAGGAGGAAAUGGAAACUAAACCGCCAAGCUUUCAAGAAAAGGAGUAUCCAGAAGAGGAAUCUGAAGACAUGCAGGGAGAAAUAGAAAGUGACAAAGUAGCCGGGUCUUGUAGAUCAGAGCUGCAUAAAGAAGAGCCAACUGAGGAGUCGGGCGAAGAGAAGAAGGCUUCAGUCUGGGAUUCUGACAAAGAGGAAGGCAAUGUAUCCGGCUUCAGUAAAGCCGAGGAGGCCGGCAAUGUGGAGGGAGAGCCGUCAGCUUGUGAAACAGACAUUGAAACAUCGAAGCAAAGCGAACUCGAACCAACAUGUGAGGACACUCAAGGUGAUCAGGACAAUAUGACUGAUGCUGAGAGCACAUCUGCUAAAGCCGCUAACGCAAACGAAACGGGCUCGCACGAAACCGCAAACGCAGCCGAUUCGGAAACUGCGUCAAAGGCGGAGGGGUCUGAGGAAGACAAGAAGACUGAAGAGAGUGCUGCAGAAUCUUCAGAAGUGAAAGAGUCCUCUGUAGAGGGUGAUGAUCAGAAAAAGAGCGGUGAUGAGAAAUCAGACAAAACUGAGGCAAAAGAUGACAAAGGUAGUGCUGCAGCAAGUGGAAGAAACCUUUGGGUUAGUGGACUGUCUUCAACCACUAGAGCGACUGAUCUAAAGAACAUAUUCAGCAAAUACGGGAAGGUUGUUGGUGCAAAGGUCGUUACGAAUGCCCGCAGCCCAGGAGCACGCUGUUACGGUUUUGUUACCAUGAGCUCUACUGAAGAGGCUACGAAGUGCAUAAAUCACCUGCACCGAACUGAGCUGCAUGGACGAAUGAUCUCAGUUGAAAGAGUAAGCGCAAAGAAUGAGCCAGCUGGGAAAAAGCCUGCAGAUAAAAACGAUGCCAAAAAGUCAGGAGACCGGAGACACUCAUCUGAGUCCAAAACUGAAAAGUCUGGUGACAAAGAUGAGAAGACUGAGGGUUCUGAUGAUAAAACUCGUGGAGAAAGAACUGUCGUGAUGGACAAAUCGAAAGGCGAGCCAGUCAUCAGUGUCAAAACCAAGAGCAAAGAGAGGAGUUCAAAGAGUCGUGAUCGCAAGUCCUCAAGUAAAGACAGGAAGGACAUCCUGUCAUUUGAUCAGAUCAAAGAACAGAGGGAGCGCGAGAGGCAGAGGCAGCGAGAGCGAGAAAUCCGGGAGGUGGAAAGACGCAGACACACAGGUGACCGCGACAGCCGCAGCGAGCGUGAGCGCAUUCGUCUGUUCCGUGAGCGCGAGGAGCGAGAGAGGCUGUUGCGCAAGCGCAACUGGCUGGAGGUGGAGAAACAGCGGCUAGAUGCUGAUCGCAUGGAGCGGGAGUUCCUGGAGCGCGAGCGCUUGCGAGUGGAGUACGAGCGUCGCCGCGAGCAGGAGAGAAUUCAACGCGAGCGAGAUGAACUGCGCAGGCAACAAGACCAGCUUCGCUAUGAACAGGAUCGCCGCCCGCUCAAGAGGCCGUAUGACAUGGACGGCAGGAAAGAUGACUGGCCGGUUAAGAGGAUGCCUAUGGAUGAGCGCUACGGACGGUCUGACUUUGGGCGGCAGGAACGCUACCAAGAUUUUGACCACAGAGACCGCAAUCGCUACCAGGACGACGUGAUUAUGGACAGGAGGGAUGGUGCUAGAGGAAGCAUGCCAGGAGACAGAGAUGGACAGCAUUUCUCUGAUCGGGACAGACAUGCUAGGGACUCUCGUGACAGCUGGAGUGGGGGUGGUGGUGGUGCAGGCACCUAUGAUAAGCGUGCCAUAAAUCCUGCAAGACCAGUUACUGCCAGGGAGAACAGAGACUGGGAGCCUGGGCGUAAGAUGGACGGAGACAGACCCUGGCAAGGUGCAGAAAGAGGCAUCCCAGGACAGAGUCACAUGCCCCGAGGGGGAGGAAUGGCAGGCCGUGGCGGAUACAUGCAGACCGGAACAACGCAGUCUCUAUCUGGAGCCUUAAACCGACAGAACCAGAUGAUGCAGGGUGGUGGGAUGCAGGGAGGAGCAGGUGGAGGCAGUGGAGGAGGUGGUGCUUUCGGCCGGCGCUACUAAACCACUUUCCUCUCUCCUCUCUUCUGUUUUGUACCUAGUUGUGAGCUCAUGGCUUGUGUGUAGCCGCUGAAGAUUUGUAAAUUUGUUGAAAUUUUUAACUUUUUUUUUUCUUUCUCAUUAAAAGACAAGUGACUCUUCUAAACUGUAAUGUCUGAGGUUUUAUGUUUGUUUAUUUUUGCCAUCCAUUCCAAAUGUCACUAUUUUAGAAUCUUUUUUUUGUCUGGCGAGUUGAGUUCAGUGAAGGAAUUGUCUCUGCCAACAAACGUUUGUGUUGUAAACAGUCACCCCAGUGCUCAUUUCUAUCAGAAUAAAGGGUAUUGUGAUUUCAAAUUAA